AUGUCGCAUUCCCCUGGUGACAAAGUUUUCGCUAAGAUAAAGGGAUUUCCAAACUGGCCUGCUAGGAUUAACCCACUUCCACUUGAUGUGCAAAUACCCAAGGGGAAGCUUCCAAUAUUUUUCUACGGAACCUAUCAAGUUUCAUUCGUUUCCGUCAAAAAUAUUGUCCCAUAUGAGAAGUUUAAAGAAAAAUGGGGAAAGCCAAAACCAAGCGCACAAUUCAUGACAGCUAUGAAAGAAAUCGAAGCUAAUCCAGGCAUCUAUAUGCUGGGAGAGGACCCUAGAGCUGAGGAAUUCCUGCUUCAAUUUUAUGACUUCAAACCGAUCGGUAGUGGAUGUGUUCGCCAACACAAACGUCAGUAUUCGAGGAAGUCGAAAGUUGACAAUGACCAACCACUUAGUAUUACUAAUCAAGAGGCUAGUAGUGGCAGUCGUGAUCAAAUAGAUCGUGUCAGUGAUGAUGCAUCAAGUGAUAUAAGCUCCGGUCCGUCGAAAGUCGAUAGCUUAGAUCCAAUUGCUGACGACAGUAAUGAUGAAAUGUUGAUGGAUAAUACAAAUCAUCACUUACAGUGUAGUGAUGAUUAUCAACGAGUGGAUAUGAGUUGCUCAAACAGACUUAGUCCUAAUUCGACAAUUGAUCAUCCAUCCGAUGAAAAGGAUUCUUAUCAAGAGGAUAGAGAAGCUCGUCGACUUGCUCGUAAAUUGCAGAAAAAAGCUGAGAAAAAAGCUUUAAAGAAGGCUGCUAAACGAGAAGCCAAACGAUUGGCGAAAGAGAAACGAGCUGAAAGACGUGCUCGGCGAGAAGCUAAACGUGAGUUAAAACGUCUUCAUAAACUUGAAAAAUGCCGUUUAACAGAACAAGGAAGUCUAACAUUCGAUAUCCAUGAAUUGGAUACUAGAAAUUCUGAGAUUAACCAGGAAAGCUCUAUCAGUCAUGCAUGGGGUGAUAAUCAGUGGUCUCCUGCUUCUCAUUCUGAACCUGUUCAAACUAAUGAAGAUUCUACCGACUCCAGUACUGGCAAACCUAUCCCGCCUACCUUGGACAAUGGACUUAUCAAACAGCUUCAAUUUGAGCGUCAAACUGAAGAAGAAGAAGAUGAAGAAGACGAAAACGAUGAUGACGAUGAUACACUUCCAACUUCUCAAGGUGACAAUUUUUCUCCCAAUGAAGAAAUUGUACUCAAAGACAUGGAUUUCUCAAAUACUACAACACUUUUAGAUUAUAAUGAACAUGAAAAUUUCACUGGAAAUAAACGUUCAAGACUAUCGCCUAAUUCAAAUGAUUGUGAUGCAUUGAAUGGAAUAGUUGAAUUGGGAGCUAAUGAAAUAAUUCCUCCUAAGAAAAAAGCUAAAACAGAAAUCAUUGUUAACGAGAACAACGAUGUGGUGUGUCAUUCUGAAGCUAAAGUUACAUCAUCAGAAUCACAUGAUCGUUUCAUCAUGGGUGAAAAUGACUCUCAAUUAAAUAAUGAACAAGAUGUUCAGCAGUCGGCAACAAUAAUUGAAACUACUGCUACUACUACUAAGAAAUCAGUAGAAGUUGAGUCGUCGGACAAUCCAAAACAAACUAGUCCUGAGCAGCCUACAUCAGAAACGGUCACUAAACAUAUUGUCCAUAGUAGAACCACUAGUAGUAGUAGUAGUAUUGGUAAUAAACAAACCAAGUCUAAACAACAACGUUCUCGUUUACGUACAAAGAAACCUACUGUUAUUUCAUUGGAUUUAGAUGAUGAUGAUGAUGAAGAAGAAGAAGCUAAUGAAAUAGAUUCUAAGAAAAAAGUCAUCAACCUACACGAUUCUUCUUCAUCCUCAUCGCCAUCCUCACCAUCAGCUUUAUCAUUGUCAAAUGAUUCUGAUGCAGAGAAUGCCAAAAUCAAAGAUAAACAACAGCUAUCGUCAAAAUUGAAAGAGAAAAGCCGAAACUCUUCACCACCGAAAUCUUCCAUAGUCAUCAACAAAUCGAAUCAACUGAAAAAAUCACGAAAUCAAGAAUCCAAUAAAAAAACUCGAAAUACUACUACUACUAAUAAUAAUAAUAAUAAUUUAAAAGGGAAAAGUAAAUCAACAGAAUCUAAAUCGACUGCUGCAUCAAAUACUGGUGCAGUAGGAGUACACGAUGAAAAAAGAUUAUCUAACGAUUCAAGUAGUAAUCGUCCAGUUCCAGCACCAUCCAUUGAUCCUGUGUCUCAGUUGCAUCAAUGUUGUCGUGAUUUGAAAACUAGCCUAAUUAAAGGUCAUGAGAAUUUUGUUGAAGCUGUACAAUUAUUAAAUAAAGUUCGUACUAUUCCUGUACGACUUCCUCAAUUAGCUGAAGCAUGGGAUCUUAUGGAUUGUAUUAAAAAGUGUCGACGAUAUAAACUAUCAAGUGAAGUUCGUGAGGCUGCUCAAACAACAUUUCAAUUCUUCCAAUCAUUGCAAGCGAAUACUACCAAAGAAGAGCUCUCUCAAGCACAAGCACUGAUUGCCUCGCAUCAAAGUCGAAUUCAUUCCUCGCAAGAUUCCACGGUGGAUAAUACUGCAAAAACUGAUGCAGCACCACCGACUUCCACUGAGAUAAACAAUAAACAAACAUUACAAAAUGAUACAAAUACAAAUGAUAGUAAUAAUAAUAAUAAUUCAGAAUCAACAUCCAAUCCCACUACUACCACUACCACCAAUGAACACGAGAGUUUAACAGCGGAUUUAGAAGCUAAAGUUGAUGAUGUCCUAUCACGUAUACGUGCAACAGAAGAACGAAUGGCUGCAGCAGCGAUUGCAUCUGCACGACCUGACACACCGUAUAAAUCGAUAUCGAGUCACGUGACCAAUUCUGCGAUCAGAUCCACCGGAGGUCGAAUCAUCAGAGCAUCAGCUGUUGCUGCUGCCACUGCUCAUAUGCAUGAUGAAGAAGAUGAAGAAUCUGUUAUGUCACGUGUUGAACAAGUGGCUGCCUAUGAAGCAAGCACUAUACAACACUAUUCCAAUUCGUCAACCAGUUUAGGAUCUCCUCCACCACCUCCUCCGCCUCCACCCCCAUUACCUCUCAGCUCUGUUGGUUCAUCCGAUCGAAUCGAACCACAAACAUCGCCAAAUGUUGAUCAUUUAGACCUUGAUUCACGUAUCCAAUUGUUCAUGUCUGCAACAAGUUCCAAAAAACCAGUCAAACCAUCUGACUCAAAUCCUGUCAUGGUGACAACAAAUAAACCCGAAAUAACUCCACCAAUAAAAUCUCAUCCUAAUCAAUCGAAUGUAACUAAUGUGACCUCGUCAUUCUCCUCCUCCACCACCACCGCCAGCACCACUACUUCUUCCUCUUUCGGUUCAUCAACAACAUCCAGUCUAUUACCAGCGCUUUUAGCUAAACGUAAAGUUAUCGCUGAUAAAUUAGCUGCUGUUCGUGCAGCUGGUGGUUCACCUAUAAAAUCAUGUCAUCCAGUCACUUCACCAUUGCCAUCACCAACAACAACAUCAAGCAAUAAUAAUGAAGUGUAUAUUGUGGAGAAACUAUCAUCCACCACUCCGAUUCACACCUCUUCACACAACUCAACCAAAUUGUUGAAUUCUACAAAAAUGCCGUCGAAAGAUGAAGAAUUGUAUGAUUUAUUAGGUGUGUAAAUUUUUUCACUAUUAUUAUUAUUAUUAUUAAUAUUACUAUUACUAAUAUUUCUCAUGCACCAAUAAACAAUAUCAUGCGUUUGGUCUCUUCCUAUGGUGAUUUGCUCUCUCUCACUCUCUAUCUCACUCCCUCUCUAUAGAAUGACCUCCAUUGAUGAGGUUUGUUUUCUUUUUUAGCCAACAUUAUUGACUUAUUCAAUUAGUUUUUUUUUUAAUCUAAAUUAUUUAUAUUUAUAUAAAUAUUUGUCUAUGUAUAAAAAUAAACAAACAAACAAACAGUGUAUCUUAUCCUGAUCAUCAUUAUCCUGUUAAGCAUUAUUUCAUAUCUGUAUACUGACAACAAUGAGAACAUGCGAAUAAACCGUGUAUAUUUUUAUCUAUCUGUCUAUCUAUUUAUAUUGUAUGCGAGUGUGUUUACGCCGUAGUACAUAGUUAUCAAUCGACUCUCAAUGUAAUAUACAGUUUUACGAUUAGUGAUACAUAUGUAUGUGUGUAUUGUGUUGUUCCUGUAUCAACUCAAUGAUUAUAUAUAAUCACUAUGAAUUGAACACCUCCUUUAACCCCUCCUCAUAAGCCGCCUAUAUAUGCCCGCACACACACACACAUGCACCUCAUACCAACGUAUCAUUUAGUUGGGAUAAUCAAAUAAAGUUUCCAUUCUUGUUAGCCAAUUGUCCACAUCCUUUUGUCUUUUUUCUUUGAAUGUACACUAGUAGUGCCUUGUUGUUGUUGUUAUUGUUGUCACUGCUGUUACAUUUUACACUAUCCUUCACCGGGCGUUAACAUCUUGUGCGUUCAUUGUACUAUUCUUUUUAGUUUCUACUACUUGUUAUCACAUACGUCUGUAUAUAUCGAUUGAAAAUCCGUUAACAUCAUAGGUUAAACAUGAUGAGUUUUAUGUUUCUUCAAAUUUUCUCUCCUUGUUGUUACUUUCUUCAAUAUAUACUUACUACUACACUUCAUUUAUCUAUCAUUCUCAUUACACAUUGUCAUCAUCACAGCGGUGAUGUCGUCUGAUUGAUUAAAAGCGAACUAUAGCUGUUUACUUCAUCGAAUCAGAAAAAAUGUAAAAUUCAAAAUCGAACAUACUCGUUUCAGCAUGUUUUUGUUCCUUUUCUGCUUUUCAAUGAAUUCCAGUGUACAUGCCGGGACAAAAAACAACACACACACACACAUCCAAUGGCUCAAUGUACUCCUUGUUUUUUUAUAUAGAAAAUGAAUUGUACAAUCUUUUUUGUUUGAAUUGUACGCUCACAAUGUCUGUGUGUGUGUGCAUGUGCGCGCGCGCGCCUGUACGUGGUGCAUAUCCUUCUCUCUCUCUGUCUAUAUAUAUAUAUAUAUAUAUAUAUAUAUAUAUACAGGUUUACAUAUAAAUCCUCAAAUACAUAAUGAUCACAUAUUUUUUAUUUCAACUAAAGUACACAUGCAAAAACACUUUUGUUUUUAUAAAUACACCAGGUUAACAAAAACACUUCAUCAAAACAAACAGGAGAAGUUUGCAGUUAAUCGACGAUCCAGAACUAUACUAAUAUAAUAUCUAUCGAUUUUUUACAUUCAAGUUGUUUCGAAUAAAAAUUUCGUCUCGUAUUCACUAAUUCAAACAUCGAAAUGAGUAUAUUUAUUACUUGACUAGGAAAAGGGGGAAUGAUUUUUUUCUUGUGUGUUGG